AUGACUUCUAAAAGAAGAACGCAGUUCACAGGUAUCCUGCUGUUUGGACUCCUUAUGUCAGAUAGGUUUGUGAUGAGAAAGAUUGUGUCCUCUGCCCCUGUGUGUACUCCUGGCAGUCACCAUUGUCAAGUCUUGUUAAGUGACCUGUUUGACAGAGCAAUAAGACUUUCCCACUAUAUUUACUCUCUAUCCUCAGAUAUGUUCGAGGACUUUGAACACCGGUAUACUCAAGAUUACCAUACAAUGAGGUCUAUGAACGGUUGCCAUACUGCCUCACUGAGCACCCCAGAGGACAAGGACCAGGCUUUGCAGAUACAUCAUGCUGAACUUAUGAGCCUUGUGCAGAAGUUACUACAUUCAUGGAACCAACCCCUGCAGUACUUGGCUUUAGAGGGUCCAGAAGACAUGGCAAGGAGAGCGAAAGAGGUUGAGGAACAUACUAAGAAUCUUCUGGGAGGGGUAGACAGGAUUGCUGGAAGGAUGCAGAGUAAUCUGGAAGAUGACUCGUACCCACAGUGGUUUGGUCCCAUUGAAGUGAGAGCACAAAAUGUAGAUCCUCAACUACUCUCGUUCUAUCACUUACUGCAUUGUUUCCGCAGAGACUCAAACAAGAUUGACAACUUCUUGAAGAUACUUAGAUGCCGCAUUGUUCAUGCAAACAACUGCUAA